CUUUGAGUCCUCCUUUCGCCCGCAGCUUUCUGGGACCGGAAAUUAUUGGGUUACCCUCCCUCUCCUUCACCUCACCAUUCACUUUCACACUAAGAAAACUACAACUCCCAGAAUCGCUUGGUGGUAAAGAACGGGCACUCUCAAAGCGUUUUGCCUCCUGGGAGUUGUAGUCUCGUGACACAAUAGAAACUGGUUUUGUUUUGAUUUCGAAUUUAUCUGAAGUGGACUGGCACAUACUUUAAUACACCCAAAGAUGCUUCCUGCUGGUCUGUGGAAGUAGGAUGUUAGAACAGCAAGAACCAGAGGAGCUGACUACUGUGCGUGUCCAAGAUCCUCGUGUACAGAACGAGGGCUCCUGGAACUCUUAUGUGGACUACAAAAUAUUUCUCCAUACCAACAGCAAAGCCUUCACAGCCAAGACCUCCUGUGUGCGCAGACGGUACCGUGAGUUUGUGUGGCUGAAGAAACGGCUACAGAAAAAUGCUGGCUUGGUGCCCGUCCCUGAGCUUCCUGGAAAAUCCACCUUCUUUGCAGGCAGCACUGAUGAAUUCAUUGAGAAGCGGAGACGAGGACUUCAGCAGUUCCUUGAACAGGUGGUACAGAACGUUGUUCUCCUUUCAGAUAGCCAACUGCACCUUUUCCUCCAGAGCCAGCUCUCCAUACCAGAGAUUGAAGCGUGUGUCCAGGGGCAGGGCCCCCUGAGCGUCACGGAUGCCAUUCUGCGCUACGCCAUGUCUAAUUGCGGAUGGGUGCAGGAGGAGGACAGCCGUUCAGCUCUGCUGGCCAGAGGGGACCUUGGUGUCAGCUUUGGCGGAGGAAGCCAUCUUGCAGAAACCUGCUUGGAGCCCCUCCCUCACUGGAGUGAUGUCAGCAUAGACGGUAGCCAGUUGGAUAGUCCAGAUUCAGAGGAAGAGGAGCACCACCCAGCUGGGCUUCUGCAGCUUGACUCCUCAGCACCAACAGACCAUGUCGAGGAACAGCGAGAGCAAGAAGGAAGAGGGUCCAUUCAGGGUGGACUUGGAGCUCCACGUUGACCUCUGGCCCUUUCCCAGAAACUGCAUUGCCAGUCAAAACUCCAGAGUACCACCCCUGUGAUGUAACCAGGGCCCUUAGAAUGAACAAUCAGCCUGGACCAGUGGGAAUGCUGACACAGCCAAAGCUAACAACUGAUGCCUAGGUAUCCUGGGAUAGCUCUCAGUGAUAUCGGAACACUCUGGUGUUUGUGGCCUGACCCUCCCUUGUAAAAGAGCUGGCUUGAGGCAAGGGGCUGUCACUUAAGCAUUACUUCUGCUCAUCGUUGUAGGUUUGGCAUAUGAUUCUGCUAGGCGGGAAAGGCUCUGUGUGGUUUUUGUGUUGGCUGAAUUCCUUCCCCUGUACCCAUAGCUGGUCAUGCUGCUUUCUGUAACCUUGUAGGCAUGUCAAAAACAGCUUGCCUGGGGUUGGACUGCCCUUUGUUAGACAGAGCCAAAGAGCCCACUUGCUGGCCAUGCAUGCCAUGCCCACAUCUGGGAUCCCCUGUUGAAGCUGCACACAGCUGGGAUGAGGGGCUGGGCACCCUCCUGAGCUCAUUAGUGCCGCAGUCGAUUCGUCUAGAGGCGAAUGAAGAGGGGCAUGUGAAGUCUGGAGAGGGGGAAAUGGUUCUGCAACCUUCUUGUGUGCUUGAUCUGUGUCUUGGGCAGGGCUCUUUCCUGCUGUAUUUCUUCAACUUGACACAGCAUACAACUUGAAAUUGGGGAGGGGGGGAAGAAGGGUCAGUGAAACCCUUUGUAUGCUGCAGAAGUAGAAUGCCUCUCUGCACAUACUCUCUCUCCCCCAUUCUGUAUCAUUGUUGGUGUACUUGAUGUUCUGACUGUAUUGUCACUCCAUGUAGGCAGCCGAAGCAAUUCUCUGGAUUCAAAUCCAAUAACUUGUAAUCUCCUGACUUACUUAUUGCUUUUCUAGGGAGGGAGAAAAUGUACAGCUGAAAACAAUGGACUGAAGGGUUUAGAUGAUGCAUUCUCCUGUCUCUUCCCUCUCUCCCCCCUGACCUGCAAGUUUAGUAUACGUUAAAAAGAAGUGCUUCCAAGGAUACCUCAACAUUUCCCCCCACCUUUUUGAUGAAAAGGAAGCAAGUUUCUAGUCCUCUGUGUUAGGGGAAAAACUCUGUCAGAGCAACUUUGUGGGCUACUUAAAAUGACAGUGAAGCUCCAAUUAAGAGCACAACAUUUUUAUAUCCUUCCCUCCCCCCACCCCCGUCUCAAUAAAUGGACAUGUAAGUAGAACUGCUA